GGCUCCACGUUGAGAGUGGUGAUUUAGCCACGUCGUUGCGCCGGCGUUUCCCAGCACGCUGCAGCAUCGACUGAACACAUCUCUAUAAUUUUUGUGUCAAAGUGCUAAAAGUCUGCGAUGGGGAGAGCCGCGUUUUUUUGCUUGGUGCUCCUGAGCGGACUGCUGGUCUUGGUGUCAGCCGGCGAAAAACCCACAGUCACCAUUCGGCAGGGCAAACUCAAGGGAAAAGUUUUGAAAACCAGGACGGGCAAAGAUGUUUUCACGUUCCUCGGAAUUCCGUAUGCAAAACCUCCGGUUAAGGACUUGAGAUUCAAGGCGCCAGUGGCCGCAGGUGCCUGGGAGGGCGUCUACGAUGCCUCCAAAAAUAGAAGCAAAUGUGCGCAGCUCAGGUACCCAGAAAUGAGAUAUGUAGGAGAUGAAAACUGCCUGUUUAUCAACGUUUACACCACCAAACUCCCCAGUGAGGGAAGCAAAGUUUCGGCUCCUGUCAUAUUCUACAUCCACGGAGGCCUCUUUGUCCAGAGCAGUGGUGACCUGGACAAAUACGACCCAGAACUUAUCUUGGAUGGAGAGCCUGGAAAUAUAAUUUUUGUCACUUUCAACUAUCGUCUCGGGCCUCUUGGCUUUUUAAGCACUGAAAGCGCCGACUGUCCUGGAAAUUUCGGCCUAAAAGAUCAAGUUAUGGCCUUGAAAUGGGUAAGGGACAAUAUCGCAGCCUUCGGAGGAAACCCUGAUAAGGUUGCUCUGAUGGGAGAUAAUGCUGGCGCCGUCAGCGCCCACUUGCACAUGAUGUCUCCUAUGUCAAAGGGUUUGUUUCACGUUGCCAUUUCUCAAAGUGGAAAUGCUCUAACGCACUGGGCCUGGAACAGAGACCCACUUGGCCGAACUCACAGGUUAGCAGAGCUGCUAGAAUGUGGGGACAACACGACCAGCAAUCAUGACAUUCUGAAGUGUAUGAGAGCAAAGCCCGCGGAGCUGAUAGUAAAAAAAUCUAAUGUGGUUCUGCAAUGGAGGACUGACUGGAUUGUCACUUUUAUCCCAACGAUUGAGUAUUUUGAUAUGCCCGAAGGCACUGCUUUUCUCACCGAGGAACCCAGAGAACUGAUGCAGAAAAAUGAAUUUUAUCCCGUUCCAUGGCUAACCAGCGUCACUUCCCACGACGGCUUGCCACACUCGCUUAAUCUUUUGCUUUUUGGAGGCAUCAUGUCGGAUUUGAACAACGAAUUUGAAAAGUACUUCCCUUACUAUUUCGAGCUGGACGGUGAAAUGGAUAGAGCAGUGGAAGCUUCCAAACUGAUUAGAGACUUCUACAUGAAGGGAGCGUCUUUUGGAAUGGGGUCUCAAUUACAACUGGCUAAUCUUCACACAGAUUAUUAUUACUUCAUGCCUCUUGUGAAAAGCGUCGCAAUGCACAUCAUGGCCGAGUCUCCGCCAGUUUAUGUCUACCACUUUUCAUUCCAAAACAGAAAUAACAGAAUUGCCAUUGGAGUUCCUCAGGGUGACGAUACUCAGUACAUGAUACCAAAGGACGAUGGUGGAAGAUUUGCUCCAAAAGACGGAAGCAAAGAGAUGGAAGUGGCUCAAAAUUUGAUUUCGAUGAUUAAAAACUUUAUUAAUUAUGGACAACCUAUUCCCAAGGGCAACGAUGCUUUUGGAGUCGAGUGGCCUCCAGCAGAUAUGCAAAAGCUAUAUUAUUUGGACAUCAACAAGAAAAUGACUCUGAAUGACACAUUCUACAGCGAGAGAAUCGGCUUCUGGAACGGAAUUGAAGAUUUGCUCAACACUGGACACAGCGUACUUACUGACGGCCCAGAAGAUCCAAAUGCCAAGGAUGAACUGUGAAAACAAAGGGAUUUUAGUUUGGGGGAAAAGCAAUUACUGUCAAAAUCUAAAAUGUGAAUGUUUGGAGAGAGUGAUUUUGUUAUAAUAUGUAUAGUUUUGUAUGCAAUGAUUGUGACUUUUUACUUUUAAUAAACUCUGGAAAAAAAUGAUAAAAAUCUUUAUAUAAUGCAUAAGUAAU